GGCGCACAGAGCAUCAACGUCCGCCACAUCCUGUGCGAGAAGCACGGCAAGAAGGAAGAAGCGGUGGCGAAGCUGAAUGCGGGCGUCAAGUUUGAUGAGGUCGCGAAGGAGUUUUCGGAGGACAAGGCUAGGCAGGGUGGCUCGUUAGGGUGGAAGGUGAAGGGGGCAUUAUUGCCUGAGUUUGAGAAGGUGGCGUUUGAGCUGGAGCCUUCGAGCACGAAUAACCCGAAAUGGGGCGAGUGCAAGACGAGUGAGGGGUAUCAUAUUAUCAUGGUAGAGGGACGGAAGUGA